AAAGCACUAUUUGACAGGUGUCAUGUGAGCAAGGGACUCUGCCCACAGGAAGUGAGGUCACUGUCCUUAUGAUGAUGUCAGUAGAACAUGGAACCCCUGUAACCCAGCAACUAAACUGCCCCUUACCCAGUUCAUUUUACCCAACCCUUUUUCUGUGAAAACGUGGUGUGUGCGUUUUGUUGUUGUUAUUUGCCUGUUUUGGGGAGAAAUAAUCGCCAGAACACAUGAAACGUUGGCGGGAAAUAAAUUGUUGCUCAGGAUGGAAAUUAUUUCCAUCUUGCCGAGUCUUCCCUCAGGAAGUGGAGGAGGAAGAUGUGGUUGUCCCCUCCAGCCUGUGUGUGGCCGAGGGUGAGCCCAGAGCUCACAUGGAGCAGCUGGUUAUCCAAGAUGCCCCCAUACCCCAGGAGGUGGAGCAGCUGGAGCUUCUACACAGUGAUCCUGAGGAGGGGAAGAGUGAGCAAGCUCAAAAGAAUGAGGAGGAUCACAUGGAGGAAGAGGAGUUGCCCAAAGAGGCCAAGGAAGAAGAACACAAUAAUCUGAGAAUGUUGGAGGCAGAGUCAGAGAAGGAAAAAUCUUCAAAGGAGGAGGAAGUUGAGGAAGUUGAGGAGGUGAAGGAGGAGGAGGAGGAAGAAAAGAAGUCAGAGGAGCAAGAGGUGGAAGAGGAGAACAUAUUGGAAGAGGAUGAGAUUGAAGAGGAAGUGGUGAUGUUGAUGAACAUAGAAGAUGAGGAGGAGGAGGAGGAGGAGGAGGGGAAUAAGAAGGAGGACAAGGAGGAAGAGAAGGAGGACAAGGAGGAAGAGAAGGAAAAAGAAGAGGAGGUAAAGGAGGAGGAGCAAGAGGAGGAAGAGCCAAAGGAGGGAGAGGAAGGAAAGGAUGGGGAGAAUGAGGUACAGGAGCAGGAUGAGGAGGAGAAGCAGGGGCAGGAGGAUGAGGAACUCACGGACACCAAGAAGGUGGAGCAUCCUGUGGAACUGAAGGGGUUUGGAGAGACCCAGGAGGCUUCCAGAGAGGUGCAGCUGUGUCUCUCUGAGGAAGGGGAGCCCUCCAGGCAGGUGGACAACGAAGACUGUAAAUCUUCUCAAACUCUGCAGAACGAAGAGCCCCGAAUGAGGGUCUUUCAUGUCCAGGUGGAGAUAGAUGACCCUCUGGAUGAAAUUGCGCUGACAGUGAAUUUGAACUUAAGAUCCAAGAGGGAAGCUGAAGACCAAGGGACAUCAUCAGAAAGGCAACAGGAAGCUGAGUCCAGACAACUGAUCUUUAUGACCGUCAAGGACAAGUGUACUGGGAGGAAAGUAGAGCUGAUUCUGAAAGUGACCAUCGUUUCUGAUAGGGUUGAGAGUGUACAGCAUAUUGUCAUGGAAGAAGCAAGAAAGGAGGAGGAAACAACAUGGCGUUGGGACCUGAGCGUCCAUCAGCCAGGAAAUCAGAGCAGCCCUCCUCCAGAUAUGGCACUGAACCCACUCAUGUCACCAAGAGUGGCGAGUCUCAGGGCAGACGUGGCCAAGGCUGUAGCCAGAAUGGAAGCCGAUGCAGAGGCAGGUGGCAACAGCUCAGGGCAUCCCACUCGGCAUUAUUUUAUAAAAGGACAAAGUGCUCAGGAACUGAUGGACAUGCAAGACUUGCCAAGCUUCCCACUAGGUCGGCUCCAGUUUUCAGGCCAGUGUGUAGCUGUGAAGACACCUCGGAGGAAGAAGAACUUUUGGACACGGUUACGGAAUGUUUUUAGGAAAGUAACCCAGAUAAAGAAGGAGAACAUAUCAAUGAUGACAUGAACAUAAGAAUUUCAGCUGAAAAAAGGCACAUGAGUUAUAUCCAUCUGCCACACAUCACUGGAACACAGUCCGCGUGGAUUGAUGCCAGAGACAUGUGUGGUCACGUGAAGUGGCUGACACAUAGGACAAGAAGUCACUUCAUCUCCAGCAACCCUCAAAGGAAUUUUAUAAUGAAUAUGCAAGCGGUGGAAUGAAGGCCAGUAUGUUCCUUGUCUGGAUAAAUAAAGAUAGGAUGAUUAAGAAAA